UCCACAUCCCCUUUUGCCGAUCAUCUCCAGUAGAACAAAAUGGUCGGCUUCAGAAAGCUCGCCGUACUAGCCGGCCUACUUGCACCCUUUGGUGCUGCUGCUCCUGUCGAGUCUGCUCCGGUCGACAUCGAUCACAAGUUCAUCAUCACCUUGAAAUCAAACAUUUCAGAGGCCGAUAUCCAGUCCCACCUCUCCUGGGUCGAGCAAGUUCAUAAGCGUAGCCUUGGUCGUCGCGAUCUUGCUGGCCUCGAGAAGACCUUCAAUAUUGCCGACUUUCAUGCCUACUCCGGGACAUUCGACGAUGAGACCAUCGACGAGCUCAAGAACAAUCCCGAGGUCGUCUCCAUCGAGCCGGAGCAGAUCUACACUCUGAGUGACUUUGUCAGCCAGCCCAACGCCCCCUGGGGGCUGGCCACCCUUUCGAGCCGUCGACCCGGCGCCAGUACCUACUGGUACCACGACUCGACCGGCAGCGGCACAUAUGCCUACGUCGUCGACAGCGGCAUCCACAUCCAACAUGCAGACUUUGGCGGCCGUGCUGCCCGCGGCUACAACGCCGCCGGCGGUGCCUUUGAGGACUCUCUCGGCCACGGCACCCACGUUGCGGGUAUUAUCGGCGGCACGACGCAUGGCGUUGCCAAAGCCGCACGUCUUAUUGACGUCAAAGUCUUCAUUGGACCCAGCACGAGUACCUCGGUCAUUUUAUCCGGUAUCAGCUGGGCCGUGAACGAUGCCCUGACGAACAACCGUGCUUCUCGCUCCGUUAUCAAUCUCUCCCUCAGCGGCCCUCUCUCCGCUGCUUGGAACAACGCCAUCAAUGCCGCCCACUCCGUCGGCGUCCUGAGCGUUGUCGCGUCCGGAAACGACGACGUCCUCGCUAGCACCCGCUCCCCCGCCUCGGCCGUCAACGCCUUGACCGUGGGUGCCAUCGAUUCGACCUGGACCGAAGCCUCGUUCUCCAACUAUGGCAGUGCCGUCGAUAUCCUUGCUCCUGGUGUCGAUAUCCGUUCCCUUACCACCGGUACUAGCACGGGGACUAGGCUGGGUUCAGGCACCUCUAUGGCGGCACCACACGUUGCUGGCCUGGCCCUGUACCUUGCUGUUCUUGAGAACAUCAACUCCCCUAACGCUUUGAAGGCUCGGAUUCACCAACUUGCAACGGUCGGCGCCGUUAGAAGACUGAAGCCUGGCUCGCCUAACCUUAUUGUUUACAAUGGUAUCGCUCUAAGGGGCGCGCUGGUGUGAAUAAAGGGGGAAGGGGCAGUGCCCAUCGUUCUACAAAUUUUUUGUUUUUCCUCAGGUAAAUCCAGACCAGGACGGGUCUGUUCGUCUGGAGGUUGAAAGUGAGACUUGCUUUGAUGACACUAAGAUAGUAUUUCAUCGUUGUCACCUACAACUUGGAUGGCGCCGUGGGGCUCUUGAUCUCGAC